AUGUUAAAAAGAAGCACAUGCAGUUUUCUUAAUCCUACUGAAACUGAACAGCAACAAACAUUCUAUCUUUCACGUAGAAUGUUGGAUAUAGAGACAUCAUUUGCCAUUUAUUUCAGUUCAAUACUGAAAAAGAAUUUAAAUAAAUUCAAUAAGUGGUUAGCAAGAAUACUCGGUAGAUUAUUGAAUAUUAAAUCUGGAAUAGUUUCAUGGACAUUUUUACCAAAAACUAAAUUCAGAAUAAUCGAAAUAUGUUUGCCGACCGAACAAUAUUUCCAACCAUUAAAUACUCAAACAAAGAAAAUAUAUAAAAACGGAUUACACAACGAACAAGAACCAAUCAAGGGAAUUCUUGAAGAACCAGAGAAAGGUUUUCAAACAUUAGAACAAAAAGUCUAA